CGUUCCAGCGACCGCGGUCGCGCUCAAUUCGCGUCUUUGAUGGAUCCCCACCUCGUGGAACCACCGCGUCUCCUCCAUUCAUGAGGCCCGGGAAAAACCAAAAUUCGGCAACUGGACUAAAAUCGCAACCCAAUUGCAAGGUUUGAUUUGAUCUCUCCUCCUUGAUCAUCCUUUCCACUCCCAUGGAGCUCAAUUCCUCCAAUUCCGUCAACCACGGCGAAAUGGAGCACCAGAUCCUCCAUCUCAGCAACGGCGCUAUCAUCACGCUCAUCGUCAUGGUGAUCCUCACAUUCAUCUCGUUGCUGGGGCUCCUGGGCCUCUACUUCCUCUGCCCGCGCCGCCGCCUCAACGUCGUGCUCAGCCGCUCCGCCGCCGCCGCCAACCUCGCCCACAUCCACAUCCACGCCGCCGCCGCUCAUCACCCCAAGCCCGGGCUGGAGCCCCACGAGAUCAACAAGCUCCCGCUCCUCACUCUCCAAGACCUCCUCUCCAAGUAUUCCAAGAACCGCGCUGGCGCUGGCGGCGGCGUGGGAUGCUGCGCGGUGUGCCUGGCGGAAUUCUCCGAUGAUCAGCCGGGCGACGAGAAGAUCCGGUUCUUGCCGCGGUGCAGCCACUGCUUCCAUCCCCACUGCGUCGAUGUGUGGCUCCGGACCUCCGCGUCUUGCCCUCUCUGCCGAUGCGCUGUCCACCAAGAACCGAGACGAGAGGAGGAAGAAGAAGAAGAAAAUCACCGCCAAGAUCAGGAUUUAACGGUGGGACGAGAACCAGCCGACAAUUCCAACCCUGCUGCCGCUGGAAUCGCUCAAUCCUGAUGAGAUCCUGAUCUACGGGCCUAGCAGAGGAAGAUUCUUCUCUCUUUUCAAGCGCAUCAAGCUCUUGCUUUUCAAUUUUCUGGAAUUUCUUGAUGGCGAUACCUAUAGUGGCCAUUUCCCCUGCUAUAGCUCCUGUUCCUCCACUCAAUCCAGAUAAAUCACUGCCUCCCCGAU